AUUUUCGUGUUUUGCUUAAUCUGAGUCAUCCUCCUAUCAUAAUUUAGUUAUUCAAGUGUUCUUCAACUAAAUUUAUUAUUAAGUGAUAUCUUGAGAUUUUUCUUUUAAGAAAAUUCUAAUUAAAGUAAAAAUAUUCAACGAUAUAAAACCUACGGAAAUGAGUAGUGAACCGAUUGGAACUGCGGUCGGAUAUGGCAGUAAUUCUAUACCUUCAACAAGCCAAAUGCCAUUGUUGUCUGAGUUAUACUCCCAGGUUGACUUCUACAUUGGAGUGGGGUUAGCAAUUAGUUCUUGCUUUUUUAUCGGAUCCAGUUUCAUAAUAAAGAAGAAAGCUCUGAUGCGUUUAAAUAGACAGGGUGAGAUGCGGGCAGCUGCUGGUGGAUAUGGAUAUUUAAAAGAGUGGAUUUGGUGGGCUGGUUUAUUAACAAUGGCACUCGGGGAGGGCGCAAAUUUCGCAGCUUACGCUUUCGCUCCUGCUUCGCUUGUAACACCAUUAGGUGCUUUAAGUGUGAUUAUAUCAGCAGUAAUGGCAUCGAAAUUUUUAAAUGAGAAACUUAAUCUUUUGGGAAAAAUUGGUUGCCUUUUAUGCAUCUUGGGAUCUACCAUCAUCGUAAUACAUUCACCAAAAGAAAAAGAGGUUGAAAACUUAGAGGUGCUAUUUGAAAAAUUACAAGAUCCAGGCUUCAUUUUCUACGUGCUUUGUAUACUUGGCUCAACAGUAUAUGUUGCGCUUUUCAUUGCUCCUCGAUAUGGACAUUCGAAUGUUACGGUGUAUAUAUACCUUUGCUCAGGCAUCGGUUCUUUAACUGUAAUGUCGUGCAAAGCGCUUGGACUGGCGAUUCGAGAUACCUUAAAUGGCACAGGUAACGAUUUCAAGACUUGGAUGCCAUGGUUCCUGAUAUGUGUAACUGUUACAUUCAUCGCUAUUCAAAUGAAUUAUUUAAACAAAGCUUUGGAUGUUUUCAACACAGGCAUAGUGACACCGGUGUAUUAUGUUAUGUUCACGUCCCUUGUGAUAACAGCCUCUGCAAUACUAUUUAAAGAAUUCACACAUAUGCGUUUUGAAGAUAUAUUAGGCGACGUGUGCGGCUUCUUUGUAGUAAUCUUAGCUGUUUUCAUAUUGAAUGCGUUUAAGGAUAUGGAUAUUUCUUUGAAUGAUGUACGUAGCAUUAUGCGACCCAAAAUGCAACGAAUUUCGCAAUUUGAUGAGGAAAUAUUGGUAGCGAAUCCCAAAGAGCGACGAUACUCAUAUGGAUCUGGUGAUAUUUUUCGAAAAGCUUGACGUAAACAACGUCAUCGUGUUUAAGUAAAUAAUUUUGCCCUAAACGUUUAGUUACUAGUUUUGCGUUGACGACCAAUAACGAUCACAAUGCCUUACCUACAUUUCCAAAUUUCCCAAAAGGGACUAACCUUAGAAAAUUAGAUAUAUAUAAUUUAUAUACGUAACAUGUAUCAGUAGUAUUUGAUAAAACCUAGCGGUAAAUUAAACAGAGAUUAAAUAAUUAUGAAGUUUGUCCAUUCUUAAAUUGGAAUAAUAACAAUUAAUAUUUGUUCAAAUAAUAAAACCAAUAA